CACUUCAUCUUCACUUUCAACUUAUAACCAAACGCCAUGUCGAUCCUCCAGCGGGCAGCCGACUACUGCGCGUCUCCAGCGUUUGAGCGCGUCUUUGAGGAAUUUGCCGAGGAGCACGCGUCCGCGUUCUUUGAUUCUGUCGACUCGGACGACGUCGAGCACAAGCAUGAGUACAAGGAGCUCCAUGAUGCGUACCUCAAGAUUUUUGAAGACCGGCUCCAAGGCUUCCUUGAAGACGAAGGCGGGACGACGGCGCAGUUUUACGCGGCGUGCAAGGACAUUCUCGAUGAAAAAGACGACCAUGGCGAGUAUGCUUGGUUUGUCAACCGUCUUCUCGCCUCCAUGGAGUACAAGCUCUUUUAUGGCCUCAUGCGCAACGAAGCCCGGCAACAGCUCCGUCGUCGCAAGUAAAAACACUGAAAUCGAUGACAAUUAUGUAUACAUUCUAGCACUAUCUACUAUGG